GCUUUCUCCCAGUACAGAUUGGAUGAAGACAAGUACUGUCAGAGAUUGAACCACCCUUGACAAGGAGUUGAGGACAGAAGACUGAGCAGGUAGAAUUCAGGUGAGACUACAAAGAAGAAAGUUCAGAAACUUCAAACCUGAUCCUACAAAGACAUGUCAUCAGAAUACACAAAGUUUGAAGGGAUCUUGUUCCCAAAGUGUUUUACUAUGAAGAACCUCAAAGUUUCUCGGGACGAGUUUGUGGUGAAGGAUACUGAUGUCGUUGUUGUAACCUACCCCAAGUCAGGAACCCAUUGGGUUAUAGAGAUAGUCAGCCUGAUCCGCAGUAAAGGAGACAACACCUGGGUCCAAUCCAUCCCUAUUUGGAAUCGGUCCCCAUGGAUAGAAACAGACCAAGGCCAGCUGUUGCUUUCCAAAAAAGAACAAAAUGGACCCCGGUUUUACAGCAGUCACCUACCCAUCCAGUUGUUCCCCAAAUCCUAUUUCCACAGCAAGGCCAAGAUAAUUUAUGUCAUACGGAAUCCUAAAGACGUGAUGGUUUCUUUUUAUCAUUUCACAAAACUGUGUAAAUUCUAUGAGACGGCAGAAAGUUUUUCCCAGGCGUUUGAGAAGUUCACUCAAGGAACUGUGCCAUUUGGAUCCUGGUUUGACCACACCCGUGGCUGGCUACCCUUGAGAGAGAAAGAAAACUUCCUAAUUUUGACCUAUGAGGAACUUCUGCAAGAUCUUCGGGGAAAUGUGGAUAAGAUCUGUCACUUCCUGGGAACAACGUUGACAGAAGAAGAAAUCAACUUAGUGAUAAAGAAUUCUUCCUUCUCUGCCAUGAAAGCCAACAAUAUGUGCAACCAUUCGAUCCUGUCUGAUGAGUGGAUAGAUAACAGCCAAGGAAACAUGCUAAGAAAGGGAAUUGCUGGAGACUGGAAAAACCACUUCACAGUAGCUCAAAGUGAAGCCUUUGACAAACUUUUCCAGGAGAGGAUGGCAGAGCUGGACCAAAGGCUGUUCCCCUGGGAGCAGUGAGGAGGGGUGAAUAACUUGAUGUUACCUUUGAUUCUACACGGGAUAGGUGGCUGCGUAACUUUACCUAAUCCUGUAUCUAAACCUUAGAUUCACUGGGUCAAAGUAGCCAUGGCUAAGAGAUACUUGGCUAUUUCUAUUAUAACACCAAUAUUAAGGCUCCCCUUUAGCUUGCUUAAAAAUAACUCCCAGACCUAAGGCAAAGACAAUGAUUUUCUUUCCACUCCCCUGGUCCUUCCCCUGUCUCAAAUCAUAGAGUACAUUAAAGUGAUGGAGUGCUAAUAGAGCUACCCUCAGCCCCAAUAUUCUAACUUCCUUAUGAGCCCCACUGAAUAGCAGUCAUGUCCGGAUUUGAUACCACAAUCUGCUUUUAAACACAUCACAGGUCCCCCAAAUCAAUCAUGGGCCUCAUUGAAUAGCAAGCCUGUGCUCCCAGCUAGCAAUUGCCCCUAGACUCAAUCAUCUAGCUAGCCCCUUCCCUCAGAUCCAAUUAAUAUAUUUCCCACAGAACCAGGUGUGUCUAUGGACUCAACCUAGACCACAUCAUCCAUCUUGACCAGACAAGAUCACAAUACCUAGCCAAUCAGAAAGCAGCACUGUUGGGAUGUAGUGCAGGAUGCUUGACCACCAAACCAUAAAAGGGGCCUACCCUAAGAUAGCACCUGAGCAGUAAUAAAGAAUUGACCUAUAGUGAACUUGUGAUGUUGAGAGUCUUGUUUUAAUAUCAUUUUCAUACAUACAUGCUCCCCCAUUUGGGGUUUCUUAUAUACAUUGUCAGUAACUGCAUGCACAGUCUCAUAGAGGCUGGGACCCCUUCCCCAUUACCUAAUCCCUUAACAAACACCUCCUCCCCUUUUCAUGUUACUUACAUUCCUAUGUUCUAUGUAAAUAUUGAUUGUAUUAUCAGCAUCAUAUACGCUAUAAAAUUGUCUGUCUUGCCUUA